CUCAGACCCUUCCGACUAGACCCAGGCCCUGGACAUCCGGCUUCAUCCAGCUCAAUUCCCCAGUCUCGCUUAUUUUCCUCUAGGUUCCGCGGAGUGAUCCGUAGUGGCACAGUGUCGACCAAACAAGCCGUCAAUUCACCCGUUCGUUCAAUGAUAGCCAUCCCUGCCGCGUUCUGACCUUGUGUCUCUGCCCUCCUCUCCUGGUUUGGGGGGUCUCUCCUUGGGUCAUCGCCGGGAACAGCACAGGACGGAGAACAGAAGAGAACCAAGACAAGCUCUCAGCCGCCAGCUGCCCUUAGCUUUACCCGAGACAGGACCUCCUUCUCCCUCCCUUGCGCUGCUGCUGCUGCUCUUUCCUCGUCCUCCUCCUCGACGCCCGCCUCCUCACUUCUUCGUCUUCGUCCUCCUCAAUUUCUUCUUCCUCCUUCAUCACCACUACCGUUACCUUUACCAACUGACCAUCCUCACCAGGGCUGGUUCUCCUCCCUUCUGAAUAGCUUCUGUUUCUAGUGUGCCCCGCCUCGUCAACACAAACAAAUAUACACCGCAGGGUCGAUCAGUUUGGGCCCUUGUUAGUCGUCGUCUCCGUAACCAGAGUCUGAUCUCGGUGGCCGCACGGUGUCUCCGAUAUUGGACUGAUUAACUACUAUUCCUGGCUUGAUUACGAUCCGUAUCCUCGUCGCAACCACGCUGCCUCCCAUCGAUCCAUAUUAAAACCCACCGCCUCCUCCCCUUCUUCGAAGCCUAUCGCUCCUGACCUUCUUCUCCAAGUCCAAAUUCCUCUCCGACCUUGUCGCAGAAGAGAAAAACAAAAAGACGGUCCUUGUGCCAGUCCCAAGGAUCUCAACAGCCAAGUGCUACGAUCCAACCCACGAGACAUCCUCCAGUUCUGCGCCGACUUCUUCGCCACGCGGUUGGCGUCCGAGCGAAUCAAGUUGUUGUCCGAGGGUACCCCCAACAAACGGCUCAAGCUAGCCAAUAGUCGACCCCAGGCCAUGUCCUCAAGCAGCUUCACAAGCCCCUUUGGGGUCAACUCCAACCCUUUCGGCUCCAACGACGGUGGCAUGAUGCAGAAGGUCAUCGAAGAGGAGGAAGGCGAUCUCAUCACAUCGCCUACCACGGGCAGCUUCAACAGCAUGAGGACCACCUCCUUCUUCACAGGCCCCUUUGGCGGCUUCGACGGCGGCCAUGAGCCUCCUACGGGCCUGCGGAGCCCGCCCAACACCGACAACUUUCCCGCUCAGUACAACUUUGGCCGUCGAACAUCUGUCUCCGCCGAGUCGCUCAAGCCCACCGCCGAGCACAACGACAACUGGCAGCCGCCCGUGUUCCCCAAGUCGAGGGAGCAGCUGGAGAGGCUGACGAGCUCCAUCUCCGAGAAUUUUCUGUUCAAGCACAUGGACGACGAGCAGAGGACUCAAGUUCUCAGCGCGAUGCAGGAGAAGCCUAUCCCCGCAAAGGGAAUCAAGGUCAUCACCCAGGGAGACGCCGGAGACUACUUCUACGUCGUCGAGAAGGGCAGCUUCCAGGUCUACGUCAACCAGGCUGGGUCUAUGAGGCCUGGCGCUGAUGGCAUGGGCAGCCAGGUCGGCACUAUUGAGGCUGGAGGUUCCUUUGGCGAGCUAGCCCUGAUGUACAACGCUCCUCGUGCCGCCACUGUUGUGUCUGCCGAAGCACACUGCGUUCUCUGGGCCCUGGACCGCCUGACCUUCCGCCGGAUUCUGAUGGAGUCGACCUUCCAGCGCCGCCGCAUGUACGAGAACUUCCUCGAGGAGGUGCCGUUGCUCAAGAGCCUCACUUCGUACGAACGUUCCAAGAUUGCCGACGCCCUCGAGACACAGAAGUAUCCAACCGGCACAGUCAUCAUCCGGGAGGGUGACCCAGGCUACGACUUCUUCCUCCUCGAGAGCGGCGAAUGCGAUGCAUACAAGGAGGGGCUUCACAAGGAGCGCAUCAACCUCAGGCAUUACACCAAGGGCGACUUCUUUGGAGAGCUGGCGCUGCUCAAUGACGCGCCGCGCGCCGCCACCGUCAUCAGCUCCACAGAGGUCAAGGUCGCCAAGCUGGGCAAGAACGCCUUCCAGCGUCUGCUAGGACCUGUAGAGAGCAUCAUGAGAAGAACAAAAUACGAGGAUGUCAAAUCUGGGGUUGAGGAUGUGGACCCUCUGGCGUCGGCAUAGACGGAGCACCAGCGGGUGGCAGGGGAAUUAUCUGUGCAAGACAAAGGGGAGGGGUGAAAGGGGAGGGGCCAAGGGGAAAGGUAAACCAACUCGCAUGGGAUUCAGGGCGCGGAAAGGACCUGGAAUGGCGUUCACGGGUAUAUUCAUCAUUAUCACCAUCAUCAUGCUAUCACCUCUUCCUUCGCUUGAUUAUGUAAGGAGAAAGACGCACUCAUCAUUGAUACCUAAACUGCGGGAGAAAAAAGAAAAGACCUAAGAAUACGACAAUAUUCUUCAUAAUGCUCACGUCUCUUCAGAACAUACAAUUGUACAGUCAUGUCUCAAU